AUGCCACUACCACUCGCUGAGAUUGCUGCUGCUGCGCGCAUUGCGUACACGAUCUAUGAUCUAGGAUUCAGCCAAUACACGAGUGCUCAGCAGGAAUACCUCGAUUUCGGAAAGGACAUAUCGCUUCUUGGAGACGGUCUGAAGGCCAUCGUCGUCUCGGUCGAGCAUGUCAACAGACAGGGUGCACCCGGAACUGUUGAAAACCCCCAGGACCUGGCUUCUUUCUACACAAUCGUCGGCGACUUCACCGACACCUUGAAACGAUGCGAGAAACUGAUUAAAAAAAACAGCCAAUUCAGUAGAGACAGAGGGUUCGUGCGCAAUGUCCAAUGGAACUCUGGGCUUGGGAAAUAUGUGCAAUAUCUGGGACGACGAGUGUCCUUCCACUGUUCAAAGAUCAACCUGAUCCUCAUCCCGCUGAAGCUAAAGAUGUAUACCGACCUCAGGAGAGAUAUAGCCAUUGUUCACGAAGACAUCAUUUUCUCGCUCGAACAAAUCAUCCGAAAACUGGAAAUAGAUAGCAACGGCCUUCUCCUCGAAGUCCCAGACUUCCUUGAGCAAAAGUUCGACGUUGCGGCCACCAACUCGGGAUCUACGAUCCCCUUUCCCAUUGAAAAGGGGAUUGAUGCGCUAGCUCUCCAUCUGAGCAACAGUACCCAGAAGUUCGUUCUUGAGCCGCCACUUCUCGUGAGACCGGACACCUGUCAGUACAUCAAUCUCAUGAAAAGUGUGUGGCUUGUGAAACAACUCCAAGCAAACCCGGAAUUCGAAACCAGAUGUCUGGAUGUUCUAUGGGGAGCUUACUUUCGUCAGCUACUGAGGAAAGUCAUUCAUGAAUGUCGCCGGUUCUACGCCCGCGAGUCGCCACUAAUAGCGCCAAACGAUCAGCAGAUUCUCCAAGAGGCGGACGACAAGUUUGAGAUCUGGGUCCAUUUUGACGAAGUGGACGAUUUCGACGACCUUACCGAGCCAAACGGGAUGGAAACCCGCAUCUUUCGUGCCUCUUUACCUGAAGACUCCGGGCGCGCGCAGCAGAUCUCCGUUCUCAGGGUUAAUACGAGUCGAAUAAGACUUGUGCGGACUCUCACCCGCGGGACUGACCGAGCAAUCGAAAACUACGAAAUCGACUCUCAAAGGGUUCUUCUGCUGCCCUUCUACAGCUUUCCAGAAGCCUCGGCUGACGCUAUAAGUCUCGGUUGGAAAGCACAGGCCUCGGAUCAUCAAAGUCGUGCUCUGACAUUCCGCCGGCUGGAUGAUCUGCACAGGCUACAAGAGGCUAUCACAAAUUUCGGCGUUGUUGCUGACCAGACUGGAGUGGCAUCUGUUCAGAUCAAGGAAUCCAUGAUCGGGCCUCUGAAGAGCAUUGGUUCUGGCGGGAGAGCACAGAUCUGGGUCUGCCGUGCCCAGAAGAGAUAUGAGCAACCAUCCAAAUCUCCCGAGACCGAUUCGGCGAGCCCCCGGGCACGACAGAGCUCGACUCUCACAAGCUCGUCUGGUUGGAAUGGUGGUGGACCCGGUGGUUGGGCUCGCUCAUACGCUACCUCGGUCAAUGGUAGCACCAGCAUUCAACAGUCAGGCAGCAAGGCUUUGAUUGAGCGCCCCAUCUCAGCCCAACUGGUUCUCUUCACAGAGAGCAAGAAGGGCCUGAAGUGUUUUGUUGCCAUCCAAAUCGAUGACUGUACCAGACUGAGCCCUGAGAACUGCCACUGCAACAACCCGGACAGGAAGUGCAAGAAGAUCGUCAUUAAGAGCAGCAACCACAAAACGGGAGUUCCGGUCAAGAUCUAUGAGACCAAGCCGCGCCACGAAGACCAGUGGAAUCUAGCGGUGUUUGGGUACCCCGAGCACGAGGACGCCAGGAAGGGCGGCGGCGGCGUCGAGCUGCGCAAGUCGAAAUUCGCGGUUGUCGAGUUUGAGAGCGAGCACGCUCGUGAGGAGAUCAUGAACGUGUUCGAGGAGACCUGUUUCCUUAUGCGCGAGCGCGUCCGGAUCUAUCACCAGGAUCUGGCGGAUUCGCGGAAUCGGAAUGUCGCCCAAUAA